GUCACUCUCUACUCUCACUCCGCACCUCUCGCACUCCGCCUUCCCUCUCUCCGCUUAUUACCACCAAAACAUAACUGAAAAAAGAAAAAGGGCAAAAAGAGGAAGAAGAAGAAGAAGAAGAAGAAGAGAGAAUCCCACCACUCCGCCAUGGAUACCAGUCUUCUCCUCCACCGGCCCGCCGCCCCCAAGCCCAAGCUCAAACGCCCCUGCUGUUCCCAUAUCCCGGAUUCGACCCGGAAUCCUAAUCAGAAUCCGUUAGACGCGCUGUUGGAAUCAUUUCUCGAACUCUCCGAUUCGUCCGCGAUUGCUCUGGACCUAUCCUUUGAUCGCGUACUCGAGUCCAAGGCUUAUGAUUCUGACAAGAAUGACGUCAUCGAGCGUGCUCUCCGCCUUGGCUCGGCUCUCACUGAAGCUGCCAAGCGAUCUGCUAGGAGGCGGGCUUCCAUGCACAACGCUGUGGUUUGGGCGCUGCCGUCUGAUCUCACUAUCAAGGUGUUUUCUAUGCUCGACACACAAAGUGUAUGCCAUGCAGCAGCCACAUGCUCUUUCUUCCAUAAAUGUGCUGCUGACCCCCUCUGCUAUUCUAAUAUUGACUUGACCACAGUAGUGCCAAAGGUCAAUAACAUGGUAGUUUCGACGAUGAUACAACGAGCUGGAAAAGUUCUGAGGUCCCUUAAACUUGGAGUUGUCCCCUGCCCCACUGUUGCAUCACUAGGUUCGUCUCAGUCGCUGGUUUAUUCCAUGAGAAAUUCCUCAGACACAUCAGGAUUUUCAUGGAAUGAUAAAAGGUCUAGACAGGGAAAAGAGUCAUUUAUACUCACUAGGUCUUGCUUGGCUCCAUUGAUUGCUGAUGGUGGUGCUCCAGGGGCUCUGUUGAGAAGGUUACACCUUUAUAAUAUUGAAAGAAUGGACAACACAGCAUUUGGAGCUGCAGUAUCAGCUUGCCCUUCUUUGCUCGACUUGGAAAUUGUCGGCCUUCACGUGGAGCUGAGGCAGACACUGGAGUCGGUGAGCAGAUCUUGUCCUCUAAUAGAGCGUCUGUUUUUUGAAUCAUCAAAAACAGGUAGAGAUGACAGUUUAAAGUUACCGACUUGCAACGAUCUAGUGACUAAUUGCCCGAAUUUGUCUUCACUGGCACUCAGAGGAUUUAAAUUGCAUGAUGUUAAAGUCCGUGUACUUGUCAAGGGAUUCCGCAAAUUGAAGUAUGUUGACUUUUCAACGUCCUACUCGAUCACUGGUGACUUUCUUAGGAAUCUUGGUGGCAGCAUAGGUGGAAGCUUACUGGAGGUUUUGAUUUUACGGGAUUGUAUGCACUUGAGAGAAGCAGAAGUUUCCCGAUUGCUGUCUUCAAUUCUUGCAGGACGCUUCAGAAACCUUAGGCACCUUGAUGUAUCUAAUCGAGAGGGAUUGGCAUCGGAUGAUGACUGGUAUCGUCGAUGUUUCACCCCAAGUUUCAUGUCUUUACGCGAGUUGUUGGAAGAGAGGCCUAAUUUAUGUGUGCUUGCAGAUUUUCCUGCAGAAGGAAGUUUCGUAGAAGAGCCAAUGACCAGCAGCGAUUUAAACAGUGAUACCAACUCACCCUCAUUAUCAAGUAGUCGUACAUCUGAUGAAUACGUGCUUGCUAGUCCAUCAGAUAGCAGUUAUAGUAGUGAUCAAAGUAGUGGAAACGAGGACAGUCCAAGUUCCGGUUAUCCAAUUCAUGAAGAAAGUUCAGAUGAGGUAGAUCACUUGUAGACAGAUGGUGUUUAAAUCUGUGGAUGCAAUGAGGUGCCACCAUAAUAUUACUGGCAUGUUACCAUGGACUUCAUUUUAAAGCUAUCAGAACUCCAGCGUUGAAGGCAAAGCCUGAGCAAAGGACCAGUCCCUAUUUUGACCAGCUUUCUCUCAAAUGGCAGUAGUAAAUAUGAGAUACUAAGCUGAAUGCUAAACUUAUUGCGUAUAACAUUUGUGAGGAUUCUUGUAUUUCAACUUUUGGACAUAAAUCCACGAGCUGCAUGGCUACUUGAAACCCCAACUUGACAGCAGUGGCCAGCAACUUGUUACUGCAGUUUCUGCAUGGGGCCGUGCUUAUUCUUAUGGAUGCCUGUAAGCCAUAACAUCACUUCUGGAACCAACACUUUGGUU